AUGGAGAACCCCCAAGAAGAACAGUGGGUUGCGGUCAAGCGCUUCUUCCGCUACCUACAAGGCACCAAGAUGCACGGAAUCUGCUACAAGCCAAAUGCGAAGAUCGACUUUCGUGGCUACUCGGAUGCGGACUGGGAUGGUGAUUUUACCGACCGCAAGUCAACUUCGGGGUACAUGUUCAUGCUACUUGGUGUGCCAGUGAGUUGGGGCAGCAAGAAACAGCCAAGUGUUUCGUUGUCCAUGAGCGCACUCAGCUUGGCGAUUCAAGAGGGCAAGUGGAUUCAUCGUCUGCUUUGUGAGAUCAUGAUGGCUGCCAAUGAUAAGGACCGGAACUCAUGA